AUGCAAUCUUGUCUAAUUGUCGCCGUUAUCGGCCUACUAGCCACACAGGCUUUUGCUCAAGAUGAUCCUACGCAACCAGUGGUUAUCAGGCUUCAGCCGAUGUCGAGUAGACCAAGAUUCCUUUCGGAGGUUUCUGCACCUCGAGCUGUCCAUCCUCCUGUAGUGCCACCAGCACCUGCAAAUGCUCCCGUGAUAACGCCUGCAGUGCAACAGCCGCUCCCUCCGUCCCCACCUGCUGCUCAACAGCCAGUCUUUCAACAAACUGCUCCUCCCGGUAGCCAGCAGUUCGUCCCCAGGACUGGCGCUAGUGUUCCUCCACCACCUCCUGUCACAAUCCCACCAGAUGUUCAAAAUCAACUUAUAAAGUUCUUUGGACUAGAUUCUUUCGGAAUCCCUGGACUUACUGGCAAUCACCCGAAUGGAUUUGCUGGCGCUGUUCAGGAACUGCGAGCAGCUGGAAUUCCCGUUCAAGGACUUCCUGCUGAGCACCUCAACGGAAAUGCUGUUUCACAUGCUGCUCCAACGCAAUCAGCGGAUAUUCUCGCUCAAGCCAAUCCGAAAUUCCAAGAUCAGCUCACGCAACUUGUGAACGAGGCAAGAAAUUCAGGACCGUAUGAAGGAAAUGGAGGCCACAUCCCUCUGCCCGCUGAUAAACCUGGAGAGAACGGUUUGAUCGGGUUGCUAUCAAAUUCUAUCCGCAAACUCGUUAAGGAGACUGGUGUGUCCGAUGCUCUCUCGCAGUCGUUGCCUUCACUUCUGGGCUCUGGACAUUCUUCAUCCUCUGCCGCUCGUCACGGAGCCGCUGGUGCAGCUGCUUCAGUUGAUGGUCCUGCUAUUUCUCAAUCUGUGGAUGAGAAUGCUAUCACCAAUCAAAUUCGCGGAAAGGAUAUUCGACGUCAACCUUCAACUGCACAACGUGCUCUUUCUGGAAUAUCAUCGUUCCUUGGGGGAGGUGGCGGUAAUACUCCUACUCAUGCUGGUCUGCCGAGGAUCCCCGGAAUCCCGCUUUUGCCUGGAGGAAUUCCUCGCAAUGCACAAGGACAAAUUGACGUAGUCAAUCUAAUCGGUUCAAUCACUCGACGAUUAUCUAAUGGAACAACAUUAGCUGAUAUGCUUCCACCUGAGCAACUUCAAACGCUUGCUGAUAAUGUCACUGAUGCUCUACUUCCUGAAACUCCAGCUGAUUUCGAUCUCAGCAAGUUCAUGGGCAGAUGGUUCGAGGGAAUCAACUCACCACGAGCAACUGAGCAGCGCUGUGUUGUGCACCACUACGGUGGAUUGACCAAGAAUGACAAGACCGCCACUUUCACAGCGCUGAAGAUCUACAGAGAAGGAUCAGAAUUCGGACCUGUUAGGUAUUCGAUUGGUUACGCGUUCCGCGGUGGUAACAAGGAUGCUAUGUUGCAGCUGCACACCAGCGAAAGCAGUGAUGCUCAACCAUUCUGGAUUUACAAACUUGGCCCAGAGGGCAAGGAUCCAUUCGGAAAUCCACAGUAUGAGUACGCAAUUGUGUCCAAUUGGGUUCGAUAUCCAGUAACAGUGCUUGUGCGAGAUCCUGACACCUUCAAAGCCAAAUACCAAACUGAGGUACUUCGUUGGUUGGAGGACCAAGGUUUCAUCAACGGCUUCAUUCGAGCCUUCAAUCUCUUGCAACCAUCCGGUUAUUCCAGCUGUCAGUACGCUGACAGCACAUUCGAAGUGUUCGGGAAGUAA